AUGGCAUCUACUUCUGCUGCUUCUUCUUCUUCUACUUCAACGCCUGCCUUUGUCAGAUACGAACCUCCCACACCUAAACUUGCCCUACAUAGUAAUAAGAGGUAUCAUGUGUUUCUGAGUUUCAGGGGACCAGAUGUCAGAAAUACUCUGGUUGAUCAUCUCUUCCAAGCUCUCUCCACAGCAGGACUCAAUGUGUUCUUAGACAGCGAGAAGCUGGAAAAGGGAGAAAUCAUUGGGGAGAGUCUGGAAAGAGCAAUAGGGAGCAGUGCCAUACGCAUUCCUAUAUUUUCUGUAGGCUAUGCAGACUCUGCUUGGUGUCUCAAGGAGGCCUAUGAAAUGUUGAGAACCCCUGGCUUGAUUAUCCCUCUCUUUUAUCACGUGGAUCCAACUCAUGUUAGAUAUCCUCUAAACAAGACAAGUCCCUACAGGCAAGCAUUUAUGAAGCAUUAUGGACAUUCAGAUCGUUACCCAGUAGAAGAGAUAGAAGGGUGGGAGAAUGCCAUUCAUCAGAUCUGUUCUCGCUCAGGCUGGUCUACGGAUAUAACUCAAGGCUUUGAAGCACAAUUGAUAAAGACAGUGGUGAAUGACCUAAUGAAGACAUUGGACAGAGUACCGUUACAAGUUGCCAAGCAUCCAGUGGGAUUGGACAGUGUCAAGAAUCUUCUCAUUUGCAAAUUAAAUCUGAAUUUAGUGGACGAGGUGGUUAAAAUUGGAAUAUGGGGUAUUGGUGGUAUUGGCAAGACCACAGUUGCCAAGGCCCUCUACAAUCAAAUUUAUUCUGAAUUUGAAGCUGCUUCCUUUGUACCUGAUGUACGUACCACUGCUACAAAUGCCACAGGCCUUAGAAAAUUGCAGAAAAAAAUUCUCAAGGAUUUAACCAAAAAUGAUGUAGCUUGGAACAAUGCUGAUCAGGGUAUAUCUUUGUUCAGAGAUCGUUUGGGAGGAAAACGUGUGCUGCUAAUUCUAGAUGAUCUGGAUUCUAUUGAACAGUUGAAUGCUUUGGUUGGGGAUUGGUUGGCCCCUGGUCUUUCCCCGCUCUGGCGCAUGCGUGAUGGAUGGUGGUUGGUGAAUGCAAGCCAAUUCUUGACCUUGUUGGCAUUGCAAGGUACGUUGGUGUUAAUACCAAUGCUAGUGGAUAGUUCGACAGGCCCAUACACGGCUGGUAGAAAGCCUGAGACCGCGCACCACAUCUUCUUUGACUACCCGUUUGCUAGAGAAAUUUGGCUGCUGUUUGGAAUAUCUAUUACAGAAUAUGUUUACACUCUUGAUAUAGUUACUGGUUUUAUUCAAGGAUUGAGGAAGGAUACUAACCUUGUCUGUUUUCUGAUGAACAUCGAGAGAAACAAGCUCCUGCGAUUCCUCAAAGAUGGCAGAGCUACCAUGUUUGUCUAUGAGAUGCAAGAUGGGCACGAGUGGGCCAGGAUUGCACAGAAUCAGACCUCCUUUGACAAGGCAGUAAAAAAGUUGAUAAAGGAUCUCCAGGACAGCAGGCCCCCUCCCUUCAACAGGAUAGAGAUGCGCUCCCAGAUCCUAGCCAGAAAGAAGGUGGUUUGGAUGGAAGGAGUUCAAGGCUGGACCACUUGGCUGGAGGACCAGAAUGAGGUUCUCCAAUAG